UCCUCGAUCUCUCCGGGUCCUUUUCUUCGGGUCCGCCAUUCCUACUGUUCAGCUGCAGGAUCGUCUGUUACGUUUGGAGUCCCCUGUUGUGGGUGCUCCGCGGGUGCUGUGCGGGUGCUGAAGAUCCCUGGGUCGUAGGCUUGGUUUCUGAGCACGGGGAAAUGGAACUAGUGACAUUCAGGGAUGUGACCAUUGAUUUCUCUGAAGAGGAAUGGGAACGCCUGGAACCUGCUCAGAAGAAUUUAUACAGAGAUGUGAUGUUAGAGAACUAUAGAAACCUGGUCUUCCUGGCCAUGACUACUCAUCACAACGAAGAAUAUUCACCAGAAAAGGGCAUAAAACAUAUAUUUCACAAAGUGAUAAGUGGGAACUAUAGAAUUUUUUAUCUUGACUAUUUACAAGAAAAGAAAAUAUGGAAAACUAUAUGUGAGAGUAAACAUCAGAAAUUAUAUCAAAAAUCAGGCCUUGUUCACCUCCAAAGAAUUUAUACCGGAGAGAAGCCCUACAAACAUAAACAAUGUGGCAAAGCUUUUAGUAAAAAAAAAAGUCUUAUUUACCACAGAAGAACCCAUGCUGGAGAGAUGUCCUACCAAUGGGCAGAAUGUGAUAAAGUUUUUAAAGAAAAAUCAAUCUUUAUUAAGCAAAGCAGAAUUCACACUGAAAAGAAGACCUACAAAUGUAAAGUAUGUGGUAAAGCUUUUACUCAAAUAUCAACCCUUAUUUGCCACAACAGAACUCACACUGGAGAGAAGCCCUACAAAUGUAAAGAAUGUGGAAAAGCUUUUAGUCAAAAAACACACCUUAUUUGCCACAAUAGAACUCACACUGGAGAGAAGCCCUACAAAUGUAAAGAAUGUGGAAAAGCUUUUAGUCGAAAAACACACCUUAUUUGCCACAACAGAACUCACACUGGAGAGAAGCCCUACAAAUGUAAAGAAUGUGGAAAAGCUUUUAAUAAAAAAGCAGGCCUUAUUUGCCACAACAGAACUCAUACUGGAGAGAAGCCCUACAAAUGUAAAGAAUGUGGAAAAGCUUUUAGUCAAAAAGCCAGCCUUAUUUGCCACAACGGAACUCACAUUGGAGAGAAGGCCUACAAAUGUAAAGAGUGUGGCAAAGCUUUUAGUCACAAAACAAGCCUUAUUUGUCACAAAAGAACUCACAGUGAAGAGAAGGCCUACAAAUGCAAAGUAUGUGACAAAGUUUUUACUCAAAUAUCACACCUUAUUUGCCACAGCAGAACUCACACGGGAGAGAAGCCCUACAAAUGUAAUGAAUGUGGCAAAGCUUUUACUCAAAAAACACACCUUAUUCACCACAACAGAACUCACACUGGAGAGAAGCCCUACAAAUGUAAAGAAUGUGGAAAAGCUUUUAGUCAAAAAACAGGCCUUAUUCGCCACAGGAGAACUCACACUGGAGAGAAGCCCUACAAAUGUAAGGAAUGUGGAAAAGCCUUUAGUCAAAAAACAGGCCUUAUUUACCACAAUAGAACUCACACUGGAGAGAAGCUCUACAAAUGUAAAGAGUGUGGCAAAGCUUUUAAUAAAAAAUCUGGCCUUAUUUGCCACAACAGAUCUCACACUAGAGAGAUGGCCUACAAAUGUAAAGAAUGUGGCAAAGCCUUUAGUCAAAAAACAAGCCUUAUUUGUCACAACGGAACUCACAUUGAAGAGAAGGCCUACAAGUGCAAAGUAUGUGACAAAGUUUUUACUCAAAUAUCAAAUCUUAUUUGUCACAGCAGAACUCACACAGGAGAGAAGCCCUACAAAUGUAAUGAAUGUGGCAAAGCUUUUACUCAAAAAAUUCACCUUGUUUACCACAGCAGAACUCACACUGGAGAGAAGCCCUACAAAUGUAAAGAAUGUGGAAAAGCUUUUAGUCAAAAAAUACACCUUAUUCGCCACAGCAGAACUCACACUGGAGAGAAGCCCUACAAAUGUAAAGAAUGUGGAAAAAGCUUUUAGCCAAAAAGCAGGCCUUAUUUGCCACAAUAGAAGUCACACUGGAGAGAAGCCCUACAAAUGUAAAAAGUGUGGCAAAGCUUUUAAUAAAAAAUCUGGCCUUAUUUGCCACAACGGAACUCACACUAGAGAGAAGGCCUACAAAUGUAAAGAAUGUGGCAAAGCCUUUAGUCAAAAAACAAGCCUUCCUUGCUACAGAAGAACUCACACUGGAGAGUAGCCCUCCAAAUGUAAAUAAUGUGGCUAAGCUUUUAAUCAAAAAUAAAACUUUAUUUACCACAACAGAAGAUGCUCUGGUGAGAAACCUUAAAAAUAUGAAGAAAGUGAUAAUGCUUUUAAAGAAAAAGCAAACCUUAUUAACCACAAAAUUUAUACAGAAAAGAACCCCUACAAAUGGAAACAAUGUAGCAAAGCUUUUAAUAAGAAAUCAAAACUUUUUCACCACUACUAGGCUAUUUAUUCUGCAAAGAAGACUACAAAUGUAAAGAAUGUAGAAACAUUUUUAAUUAUAUAUCACACAUUACUAGACAUUCAAGAAAACACACUGGAGAGAAGCUAUACAAAAAAGAACUUUGUACCAUUUCUUUAAGUAUGGGUCAACAUUUAAUCCUCUCCACAAUCAUCACAGCAGAGAGAAAUUUUUGAAAUGUGAAAAUUGACAAUGUGACAAUGCGUCCAUAAAUGAUUCACCAAUACUCAGCACCUGAGGAUAUAUACUGGUUAGAGAGAAUACAAAUGGGAAAAAAAAAAAUGUUUCAAAGCCACAGUUUUCUUAAACACUACUGAUAUUUGGAGAAUUCAUUGUGCCCAGAAAUCCUAAAAAGUUAAAUAAUAUUUCCAAAACUUAUUCAAAUUUUCAAUUCAUUGAACAUUUUAAAACUCAUACCAGUAGUGAACAUUGAACAUAUUUUGUCCAAAAUGAAUGCCUUAUAUAACAAUAAAAUGUUUACAAUAAACACCUUGACAAAUGUGAGAGUAUAGUAAAGUCAUUACCUAUACAUUACACCUUGAUGUAUAUGAGGAUCAGUGAAAUACAGAACUAAUUUAAAUAUAGAAAAUGAGUAGUUAUCUUUAACUUUUGCUUAUAAUCCCAGCAGCUUGGGGGCCGAGUGCACAAGAACUUUUAGUCCAAAACCAGCCUGAGCAACUUAAUAAGGCCCUAAGCAACUUAGUGAGACCGUGUCUCUAAAUAAAAUAUAAAAAUGGUCUGGGAAUAUGGCUUAGUGAUUAAGCACCCCUGCAUUCAAUCCCAGGUACCAAAAAAAAAAAAAAAAAAAAAAAACGGGGAGAGGGGAGGGGCUGUGAAGAAAGCCAAAGUAAAAAUUUAAAAAAAGCAAGUAAACAAACAAAAAACUUACAUGUUUACAACAUCUAAGAAAUUUAGAAAAAUUCAGCAAUACAUACAGCAAACUCCAUAUUGAUUUAUCGAGUAUACUUUGAAAUAAAAUGGACCUAUUUACCAGUGUGGGUUUAACUGACUACAAAAUUGGUAAUUUAGGAGAAGUCACUUAACUUCUUUGAAUAUAAAUUGUUUAUAUAAUGAGAAAAAUAAUACCCUGAAUAGUUUUAAUGUUUAGUGUCUUUAAACUAAUCCCUAACAUACCGUAAGAGCCUAAGUUUACUUGUAAUAAGACCAUUCAUGUUAAUUAUAAAGUUUUGCCAAAUUUGGAUGUAGCCCUGCCUGUGACUUAUUAAUGCCAUGGCAUAAUUUAGAUGUGAGGGUAUAGAUAAAUAAAAAUAAGGCAUUUUCUAUUCUCUGUUGACUUAAUUCUCAUUAUGCAAAUGCAUUUGUUAAAAUACUGUUUCUUGAUUUUUGAUCAAUAACAAAGAGGAGAAAAAGAUAAUUAAGAGACCCUUUUCUUUAGGCUGGAUAUUAUCUGCCUUGGUACUUAUUGUGGAAAACAAAUGAAUCCUCUUAGGUAUUCCUAAAACACAUUACAAAUACAUAUUUAUCCAAAUGUUUCUAUACAUAUUGUAUACCCAGAUAUAGUUCUUGUUCUCUUAUUGGAACAAUGAUAAUAACCUUGUAUUAAUAAUAACUCUAUAUUUCUUCUGGACCACUUUCCAACUUGAGGAACAUUGAAUAACUUCAGUAAAUAUUAUUAUCUAACUUGAGUAAAUGUUUCAAGAUAUGAAUUAUAACACUUUCCAAUGAAAACACUGUAAAAUGAAAUCCAAGUUUCUUAUGAUAGCCAUUGUGGUUUCAAGCUUUCAAGAUGGCCCAGAAAUGAUCCCUGAUUCUUGAUAUUUUAUCCUUCUGUGGAUCCUUCUAUGUUGUGCCAUGUUUGGUUUGUCUGGCCAAGAGCAUACAUCAGAAAUGAUGGUACAUUGCUUCAAAAAGUUCUUUCACUUUGAAGAAGGUGACCUACUAAGUUAUGAGCAGAACUGUGCAGAGGCUCACAUGGAAGCAAGUAAAGUCUUGGCCCAAUAACCAGUAAGGAGCUGAGGCUGCCAUUACCCUUAUUUGUGAGCUUAGAGUACACCCACCUGUUGAUUCUUGAGAUGACUGCAAAUUUCUUUUGGUAUUUGAGCCAGAACCACCCUGCUAGACAUUUCUAGAUUCUGACUCAGAGAAAGUACAUGAGAUGGUUAGUUAUAAAAUGUUAUGUUUGGGGACAAUUUGAUAUAUAAUUCUUCUUCUUGGGUCCUGAGUGGUAACUUGCUUGCAACAAAUAAUAAUUUUCCCCCUGGAUAUCUCUAAACACCCUCUGUCUUUUAUUUUACAUGUUACCCUCUUUUCUCCAGAGAAAGUCAAAUAAUCUAAUUUUGCCACAUUCAUGUAAAAUAUAAUAUCAUGUUAAAAUUUAACACCUAAAAGAACAGGGACCAGAUCAUCACAUUCUUCACUGUAUCUCCUAUAUUUACUCAGGGUAUGACCAAAAAAAAAAAAAAAAAGACCGCCUAAAUAAAAAUGUGUUGACUACAUGAAAAUUUGAAUAAUUUUUUGGAAAAUAAAACCAAACAUAUAGCUCACUUUAGGUAUUAACUCUAGUGAUGGAGGCCACGCAUUUUUACUGUGAGCAUUAUGUACAAAGGAUAUCUUUGUUAGUGGAGAUAUAAUCUAGUAAGUUUACUGCAUACUCUCUUCUAUUUAAUGAUAAAUAGAAGAUAGUGUGCAAUAUACUUACUAGAUUUUGGCCACAAUAAGACGAUCAUUGUAGAGAAAGAGAUGCCCUUUCACCCUCUGCAGGCCUCUUUUGUGUUUUACCCAUCCAGCAAUCCAGUAGAGCCCUCCUGGAGCACAGAAAUGAUGACAACAAUUCACAUGUAUUGUCAUAGCAGAAGGAAUUCCCCCAUAACAGAAAAAACCCUCAUAUCGAUUAGUCACAUCAAGAAUUAUAGGACAAAGUUUUUAUAAAAUUAUACCUUAGAAUUGGUAAGAAAGUAAGUCUAUAAUAUUUCUAAUUCAAGAGCAUUGUGUCAUGAAUUGAUCACCUGGCCAAUUUGACACACAGUCAUUUUUCAUACUUCAUCAUAAACAUUUUGAAAUAUAAAACUUGAAUUAGUUUUGUAAUAAAUUUUAUGACAUGUUUGGUUUUCAAACAAUGUGUUCUGAGGUAAUUUGUUUUACAGUACUUCUCAGUAUCUGAAUGGUUAACUCCUUUGCAUGCUACUCUACUACAUAUGCCAUCUGUCUUUUAGUAUAAAUCUUGGUAUAACCCAAGCUAGAUUCUAAAAUUAAAAUUUUAUAGGCAUCCAAGAAUCUGGUCUUCAAUUGAUUAACUUCUUUCAUUUUUGGCAUUUUAGUGUGAACUGCAAAACAAAAACAAAACAAAACAAAAAAAACAGUUCAUUAUUCCUUAAAUACUACAACAUGACUAUCACUAACUACAGUUCAAUUUUCUUCACUUUCUAUAAAAACUUACAUAAAGAAACCACAAAUAUACAGAUCUAAAGUAUACAUUUACCAAGAUUUGGCAGAUUUAUUUAUUUGUGUACUCUAAACUCUUAUCAAAAUAUACGUAAUUAUUAUCAAUCCCAAAAGUUCUCUUUUUCUCCUUGUCAUUAAUUAUUUAAACUAGCAAGAAUGGUCUCCAUGUGCUUGCUCCUGGAUUAAAUAUUCAUUACAGACAUAAAAUCAUUGGGUAAAAAGUUCAUGAAUGAGAAAUACAAAUUUAUUUACCACUAAUUAUAUUAAAAAUAUAAAUCCAAGCAGUAAAAAUUUAACCACUCACAACUCACCUACUUUGGACACCUAGCAUCUGAUGUACAAUUAAAAGAAAAUGUGGUUAAGAAAUCCCAAGGUGCUAUUACCCUUCAGAUAUCUAUAACCCCUGCCAUACAAAUAGUUAUAUCACCUGGAAAAAUAAUUCCAAUAGACAACUUCUCUGACUCUCUUCUUCCCCAUGAGUUCCCUCAAACUUCUCCUUUUUGGAUAAUCCUCUGGACAAUUUCAGACUAUGAGGGGUGUCAUUUCUUUUCUAUUAUUUUUUAAAUUUUAAUUUAAUUUAAUUAAUUAAUUUAUUUUUUAGUACUAAUGAUUGAACCCAAGGGCAUGCUUAACCACUAAGCCACAUCCCCAGCUCUUUUAUUCUAUCUAUCUAUCUAUCUAUCUAUCUAUCUACAUUUUGAGACAGGGUUUCUUUAGGUUGCUUACAACUUUCCUAAGUUGCUGAGUCUGGUGUCAAAAAUGUGAUCCUUUUUCCUCAUUCACCCAAGCUCCUAGUAUUAGAGGCAUGUAUCACCACACCCAGUGGAACAUAAUUUCUUAUGAAACCCUGUCCCAUGAUUGUAUCUUCAUGACUGAUAAGCAUCCAAAUCCCCCAAUUCUUUAUACCAGUCCAUUUCAACCCCAUCACUCCAGAAACAAUCAGUAUUUUAGUAUUAACUGAUGACUUUUCUGUGCUAGAAUUUUAUGUAAAACAUAUCAGGGUUUAUGUUCUUUUAUAUAAGAUACACUUUAGUUAUUCUGUUUGGUUAUUCAUUCAUGGUACAUUCAUCAGUAAUGCACUAAAGGACUUUACUGAAUACUACUCAGUGUAUAAGUAAAUUUGCCAGAGUGUAUUUAUUUUCUUAUCUGUAGACUCCAAACUAGAGUUUUUAGUUAUUAUGAAUAAAUAUUACUAAAUGCUA